AUGAAUAAAUUAAUUUUAUUAUUAAUUUUAUCAAUUAUAAUUGGAGUUUGUGUUUCAUUUAAUCCAAGUAAAGAUACAUUAUUUUUUGAAGAUUUUCAAGAUUUAGGUAAAAGUUCAUCAAAAUGGAUUAAAUCAAGUAAUCAAGAAUAUAGUGGAGUUAUUGGAUUUAAAGCAGCCAAUGAUCCAAUCGAUGAGAAUGAUAAUGGUUUAGUAUUAACCCAAGCAGGUAAAAGAUAUGCAAUCACCUAUCAAUUAAGUCACGCAAUUGAUAACACCAAUAAAGAAUUAAUAGUUCAAUAUGAGUUACAAUUCCAAGAGGGUGUAACAUGUUCAGGUGGUUACAUUAAAUUGUACACAGAUCGUGAAGAUUUCAAUGUGGAAACUGUCGACUCAAACACCCCAUACAGCAUCAUGUUUGGCGCCGACGUUUGCGGAAGCAAUGACAGAAUUCAUUUCAUCGUUCGUCAUCGUAACCCAAUCACAAAUGUACACGAAGAGAAAUUGAUCACUGCAAAACCAUCGGUUAGAAAAGACAGAGUGUCGCAUAUCUACACCUUGAUCAUCAGACCAGACAACACCUUCACCAUCAAGGUCGACGACGAGUCAGUCUUGGACGGCUCAUUCCACGACUCGUUCACACCAGCCUUCAACCCACCAAAGGAGAUUGACGACCCAACCGACUCCAAGCCAUCCGACUGGGUCGACGAUGCUGAAAUCCCCGAACCAGGCGCCACCAAACCAGACGACUGGGACGAAGACCAACCAUUACGUAUCAACGAUCCACAAGCUGUCAAACCAUCCGAUUGGUUAGACAACGAGCCAUUCUUAAUCUCCGACCCAUCAGAAACACAGCCACCAGAAUGGAAUGAGGAAGACGAUGGCGAGUGGGAAGCACCAUCAAUUGAGAAUCCAAAAUGCGCCUCUGGCCAAUGCGGUGAGUGGGUCAUCCCAACCAUCGCCAACCCAUUAUACAAGGGUAAAUGGUCCGCACCAAUGGUAGCAAACCCAUUGUACAAGGGUGAAUGGAAACCAAGACAAAUUGCAAAUCCAUCCUAUUUCAACGUUGAGAAUCCAUAUAUCGUAGAGCCAAUCAUUGCAGUCGGUAUUGAAGUUUUGUCAAAUACUCGUGAUAUUCUCUUUGAUAAUUUCAUUAUCACUCAUUCUCAAGAAGAAGCUCAACAAUUAUUACAAGAGAAUUGGAAAGAGAAACAUACAAUUCAAAAGGAAAGACAAGCAGCCAAAAACGCUGAAGAUGCCAAAAAACUCGACCCAUCUCAAGGUGAUAUCUUUGAAACUAUUAAAUUCUAUUUAACUCUCUUCCAAUCUGAAGCAAAUCAAAAUCCAUUACUUUAUUUAGUUGGUUUCUCUUCUUUACUUUUACCAAUUGUAUUUUGUUUCACUCGUUCAAAGAAACCAUCAUCAAAAAAAGUUAAAUCUGAUGAUGAUAAUAAUUCAACCUCAACUACCACCACCAAUACUUCAGUCACUAAAGAAUCUGUUUCAAUUCAAGAUAAACCAACUAUUGAAUCUGAAGAAUCUGAUGAAUCUGAUGAAGAUAAUGAAACUACUAAAAAAUCAACUGUUACAAAAAGAACUAAUAAAGUUAAAUAA